AUGAUUCGUCAUAGUGUAUUUGAUACAAUGCAACGUUGGUGUUUGUUGUUCAUUGUGGUAGUACUUCCAAUAGUAUCUGCUGACACGAGAAAAGCAUUUCAAGCUGAUUCGUUCGUGGAAAGUAUUGGUGUCAACACUCAUUGGGCAUUUCCAGGUAUUUACUCAGACAACUAUGCAAGAUUGAAAGCCAAAUUGGGUGAAUCUGGUAUUCGUUACGUUCGAGAUGGAACUUUUUCUCCGCUUCUUUACACUCGAGCGAAUGAUCUUUAUGAUAGUUUUGGAAUCAAAACAAACAUGGUAACUGGACGAUGGGUGCCCGGCUCAUGGCCAGCUCCACUCGAUCCAACACAAAUCGAUGCCGAACUAAACGAGAUGAAAACUCGAGCAUUACAGACCGUAGUGGCAAUAGAAGCUCCAAAUGAAUAUGAUCAUACUCAUGGUCCUGACACUGACUGGGUGUCAACCAUCAGAAAUUAUAGUAUUACUCUAUACAACAAGGUCAAAGCUGAUCCAGCACUGAAGAAUAUCCCUGUCAUCGGGCCAUCCUUUGGACCAUACGAGUCAUACCAUGCAGUCGGUAAUUUAGAUCCAUAUAUCGACUAUGUAAAUCAGCACAUGUAUUACUGGACUUACUGGCCAGGCUUCAGUGGAUUCGAUAGCAACGGAUCAUAUAGCAUUGAUUGGUAUCUCAACCUGUUGACUCCUGAACAAUCACCAUCUCGUAAACCUAUUCAGGCCACUGAAACUGGUCAUACUACGUUUACUGAUCUUGGCGGUGUAUCAGAAGAAGCUGACGGAAAAUAUACACUUCGUAUACUUGCUGAGUUCUUCCGUCGAGGUAUUUAUCGCAGUUACAAAUAUGAAUUUAUUGAUCAAUCACUUCCCGAUAGAGAAGGUUUCUUUGGCUUGCUACGCAAUAAUCUCACUGAAAAGCCAUCAUUCCGAGCACUGAAAAAUUUGAUAUCACUGCUGAAUGAUAAAGGAUCAGCCUUCACACCAGCAUCAUUGAACUACACACUCACAGGUAAUCUAGCCAAUGUUCGUCAACUGCUCUUUCAAAAGCGCAAUGGUGACUUUUAUUUGAUGGUGUGGAACGAGGUGUCAAGUUGGGAUGUGGCACGUAAAUUCAAUUUGUAUCCGUCCCCGCAACAACUUCAGCUCAGUGUUCAAGGUAACUAUACUCUCACCGAGGCUACACUUUAUGCAUUUAACAACAAUGCUGAUGUCGAUGUCAGCACUCUUCCUGUCAUCAACAAUCAAGUGACCUUUAGUUCUACUGACAAGAUUAGUGUUUUACGGUUAAAAUCUGGCACAAGUUCAACUACCUCUGCUGUCUCUACUACAUCUACCACAUCGACUGUCUCUACUACAUCUACCGCAUCGACUGUCUCUACUACAUCUACCGCAUCGACUGUCUCAACGAACGCUGCAUUCGGAGGUGUUUAUCGAAUUACACCCAAAUUUGCCCCGCAAGCUGCGCUCUACGCAGCAAAUGAACAGAACUAUGCGUUCAUCAGUCAAAUAUACUAUUCGGGUGCUACUAAUCAACAAUGGAUCCUAGAGCCACUUGGCGGUGAUUUCUAUCGUAUCAAAAACCGUGUAGGUGGUCGUGUACUUAGUGUACUUGACUGCAAUGCAUACGAUGGCGGUGCAGUUCAACUGUACGAUUGGUCGAAUACUGACUGUCAAAAAUGGAAAGUAGAAGCGCUGUCGAACGGAUAUUAUCGUUUGACGCCAAAACAUGCUCUGAAUCAAUGUCUGGAUAUACCAAUGUGCUCUACCGUUGGUGGAAUCCUAAUUCAUCAAUGGUCGUGGUCGAACAGCGAUUGUCAACAAUGGCAACUACAACGUUUGGAAUCAACCAUUUGA